GCCAGCUCACUGGAGCCGAGAGGGCCUCCAUGGCCACCGCAGAGGAAACUGACAUUGACGCGGUGGAGGUCCCACUCCCAGGGAAUGAUGUCCUGGAAUUCAGCCGAGGUGUGACUGACCUGGACGCUGUAGGGAAGGACGGAGGCCCCCACACAGACUCCAAGGUUUCACCCCACCUCCAGGAUCCCAUGCUGACAGCCUCCCCCCAGAUGCUGCUUCCCUCAUCUUCCUUGAAGCCACCGGGCUUGAGCGCAGGGACACCACUGUCCACCCACCACCAGAUGCAGCUCCUCCAGCAGCUCCUCCAGCAGCAGCAGCAGCAGACACAAGUGGCUGUGGCCCAGGUUCACUUGCUGAAGGACCAGUUGGCUGCGGAGGCCGCGGCACGGCUGGAGGCCCAGGCUCGCGUGCAUCAGCUCCUGCUGCAGAACAAGGACAUGCUCCAGCACAUCUCCCUGCUGGUCAAGCAGGUGCAGGAGCUGGAACUGAAGCUGUCGGGACAGAACGCCAUGGGCUCCCAGGACAGUUUGCUGGAGAUCACCUUCCGCUCCGGAGCCCUGCCUGUGCUCUGUGACCCCACGACCCCUAAGCCCGAAGACCUGCACUCGCCGCCCCUGGGCGCGGGCUUGGCUGACUUUGCCCACCCGGCGGGCAGCCCCUUAGUUGACCACAGCAUGUUUGAGAAUCUGAACACGUCCCUCACUCCAAACCUCCAGUCGAGCCGCUCCUUCCCCCACUUGUCCAGGCCUGCAGGCCCCAGCUCUGCUGCCGUGGGCUCUGUGGAGCCCAGUGGGCCAGGACUCUGGGUGGGCAGCAGCCAGCACCUCAAGAACUUGGGCAAAGCCAUGGGGGCCAAAGUGAACGACUUCCUGCGGAGAAAGGAGCCCUUGAGCCUGGGCAGUGUGGGUGUGAUGGAGAUCAACAAGACUGCAGGGGCCCAGCUGGCCAGUGGUGCUGAUGGGACAUCAGGGGCCUGGCUGGAGGGUGAAAGGUCGGACCUGCAAGAAGCAUUCCCUCGGCUGGAUCCUCCGCCUCCCAUAACCAGGAAGCGAACCCCUCGAGCCCUGAAGACCACCCAGGACAUGCUAAUUUCAUCACAGCCUGUCCUAAGCAGUCUGGAGUAUGGGACAGAGCUGUCACCUGGGCAGCCCCAGGACUCCACUCCCGCUGCCCAGCCUGUGCCACCAGACACUUCCCAGCCCGAGGCCACCAUAGAAAUGGGAGAUAGGAGUGAGGCUCUGCCCAACGGAGAGGUUUCCUUGUCGGUUCCUGACCUAAUCCACAAGGACAGCCAGGAUGAAACCAAGCUAAAGAUGACUGAGCACAGAAGGGCCUCCUCCCCGGGCCUCAUCGAGAGAAAUGGCCUCAAACUCAGCCUGAGCCCCAUCAGCCUGGCUGAGGCCUGGGAGGAUGGCAGCCCCCCCACUCGGGCACGGACCUCCAGCCUUGACAAUGAGGGCCCCCACCCAGACCUGCUGUCCUUUGAGUAGGGCCUCUUCUCUUCCCUGCCAAGCACCACCCACUUCCCUCUGCCUUCUCCUCUGCGUGCACACUGGCCCUUGCCCCAGCUCUGCCAUGCCCAUAUCUUCCUUGUACAAGGCACCCGUAGACAGGCGCUUCUCCACAUGGGAUGGUGGCGGCUCGGAAGGCCACGGGUAAAAAAAUUCGGGUGCCCUUCCUGACCCUGAUUUUCUGUAGGCUCCUCUGGGUGUUGGCUGCAGCCCUUGGAAAUUGGAGCUCUUCCCUUCCUAGCUUGUCCUGGCUUACCACUGAGUAAGGCCAGUGCCCAGCAGCCUAGGAUGACAGAUCUUGCACUCUCUACCUGUCUCCCGUAUGCUGCCCACUCCCCUGCUCUUCUCCCACCCACACCCAGGUUCCUUCUCCCUCCUUGAUGGCCCAGAGGCCUCCUGGCUUGGGGGAACGACCCUGGAUAAGGAGUGAUGGGUUUGGCUUGAUGACAGUCCCUGGCCUGGAAAGCCACACACCCUGACCACACCCCAGCCACGGCUUCUCCUAGUCCCAGGACAGCGCAGGCCCCUCUGGUUGCUGUCUUGUCUCUGUGCUUUGGGUGGGAGCCAGAGGAGAUGCUGCCUAGGCCUGAGACCUUGAGAAUUCACCCAAGGUUUCCCCCCAGUCAGAUGUAGAAUACAAACCAAGUUCCCUGCCUGUCUGGGAGAGUCACCUGCGGAAGUGUUGUGACUGGCUUGCUUGGCUCCCUGCUCUGAAGGACAGAUCUGGCUUCUGCGGGGCAGGCCCUGGCAGGAGCCCCAGGGCGUAUUCUGAUUUUGUUGUGAGGGGAAGGCCCAGGAGCUUGGGAUGGUCCUGUGAAGACCAAGAGCAGAAGUAAUGGAGAAGGGACAGGCCAGGAGAGCAGUUGCUGGGGAUCAGAGCAGCUUCCGGGGCCCACCCCACAGCCUAAAGGGUUGCAGUUCCAGGGUGUGGGUGUGGCACGCGUAAGCUGGGGUCGUCAUUAUGAGAUGGGAAGGCAGCGAGAGCUGUGGAGCAAGGCAUGGAACCCAGUGUGGGGUGGGGCUCUGCACAUGCUGAGGUGUCUGAGUGUCCUGCAGCCUGGGGCCAACCUGGAGGGGCCUCUGGCCCACCCUUCCCUUAUCCCGGUGCCGGUGGUCCUUCUCUGCCCCUGCGUUCAGCAUCUGUGUACAGUUCAUCUAGCCCUAACUGGUUCCUGCCGUCCUGGGUUAACCCAUUUCUGUGUUCCUGUCUCUCACCAGGGGUCUUAUCAUGCUGUCUUCCUGUGGCCAGGAGACCUGUAAGGGAGUGAUCUCAUCUUGGGGGGCCUUUGCAGCAAGAAGAGAACAUCCCUUUUCUUGAACAAGGUGGCCAGCUCCCCAGGGGAAGGUUGGGAAGGGCACGUGCAGCUGGGAGGCUGUGUGGCAGUCCUCUUCCUCAUCCCUGUGGCAUCCUCUCUUCUUUUCAUUGUUUGGCUUUCCACCUUCAGCUCUGGGACACCCAGGGCUCACUUCCCAGUUCAUCUCAUCACCAAGCCUCUGCUCCCCUACCCCGCAUCUGCCAUGUAAGACGUCCAUGCUAACUCCUACAGGACGUGGCACCUUCCCACCUGCUCGCGUCAGCAGCUGCACGGCCCUGCCACAGCCCUCCGUCCCCCUUCUCUUCUACCCUGUCUUCCACUGCUCUGGAAAGUGAGGUCUGGCCACAUGCCCACUGCGAAGUCAUGUCUCUCCUCCCUCGCGAGGGUCUGUGCAGCUGGGCACCUGAUGCUGGAGAGAAGUCCUCAGGACUAGCAUUUGGGGUCCUGCGAGUUUUCCCAGAAUGGUUUAGGGUAUCACACAAAACACAGAGCUGGGGGGUGGGGAGAGAGACUGAAUAUGCAUCCUGGGAGCAAGCCCAGUUUCAUCUGAGCUUUCCAUACCAGCAGCUCUGCUUGCUCCUCUGACAGGAAACUUAGCAGGCAUCUGCACUCUGGAGCUGUUCCUCCCCCAGAGGCCUGGGUGGCCCUGGCCAGGUGAUAUGGUGGCCAUGGGUACAGAUGUUGCAGGCUCAGCCUUGCUUAAGUACCCUGUCUCCAUCUCACACAGGCUGCUGCUGAAGUCCUAGCCUUCAGACCCAGGAUUACCAAAGGGAUACCAACAGGUUUCAGGACAUCAGCAGGGUGACCCCAGAGUUUUUCAGACUCUUGUCUGACACUGAAUAAGGUGCCAUGGAACCCUGCUCCAGUGUCUAGCUGCCUACAAGCCGGCCAUCCCCUUGCUGCAGGGGGUAAUGCUGUUCCCUCGGGAGGCUGUAUGAGACUGAAAUCUGCUUUUAGAUGCUGCAGUUAUUACCUGGUGCUAGGGGCUAAGUGCUGCCCAGAGCCCAUAGGAACAACUAUUCCUAAUCCUGAGACCAGCUCUUCCAUCCAAAGCCUUACCUGGUUUCUGUGUCCACCUCAAUAGUCUGAGCUUCCUGUAACUGCAGCAUGGCACCACCUCCCACAAACAAAUCCCUUGUAGAGAGUCCAGCUAUGCUGGGAACUUGGCCUUUGGGUAGCCCAGUCCAAAUGAGGGCAGGGUAAUGAGGAAUGAAGGAUCUAUUUUCUGUGUCCACAUAAGGAAGUUGGGGCUGAGAGUCUUUCUGCAACCCCAUCAUGACAACCUAUUCAGCACAUAACUUUGCCCUGAUAUGUCACAAGGUGAGCUUCCAGAGCCUGGCAGGAGGGCACAGAGAGAAAUGUAUCUGUGAAUGUUACGUAUGUGGAUGGUAUGAAGACAUAUGUAUGAAAUCUGUCACCUUUUAAAGAACAAGAAGGUUGGCCCCAGUUUGGAAGAGGAGAAAGGUUACAGAUCUAUUCUGAGUAUUUUCUAGAGAGUUAAUAUUUAUAUUUUUAGUAAUUUUCUGGUAGAAGGAAAUUGCACAAUAAAACGAUUUGGUUUGGUC